CGCCCGAUUUUUAUUCUACUACUACCUCGCAUCGCUGCCUUCCGUCCACACCUCUUCAAUUCUACACGUCAAGACCUCCUUAACUUCGGGAUUUAAAGGACUUAAACUGUGUUGUGAAAGUGGCUACGCGUCUGUAAGGAAGAGCUGGCGUGGCAUGAGGACGUCUUGUUCGGUCGAGCCCCGCGUUCCUGCUUGAAGAUGCUUCGACAAAGCAGGUCCUCUGCGGUGAGUCUGUCUCCGGUGGUUACGGCAGGCGGGGCCUCCCUCCUCUGACAUGGUGAAAGAGGCAUAGAGAGACCGGUCCCCGUCAUGGCCUCCAUGGUCGCCAACGGAAACCAAGAUGGGCCGUCCGUGGUGCUCCAAGGGGCGGAUCCAGAGACAUGCAUGAUUGUGUUCAAGAACCACUGGGCUCAGGUGGUGAAAAUUCUGGAAAAACAUGACCCGUUACGCAGUGGGACUUCGGCCUCGGCGCCCUCGCUGGGUGUGCUGGGCCCGGGCGGCGGGCCGCGCUUUGGCCCCGUUCCGGGCGACGAGGCCAGCGCGGUGCAGAACUACGUGGAGCACAUGCUCUUCUUGCUGAUGGAGGAGGAUUGCGGCAAGGCGGGCGCCAUGGGGCCCAUCCUGGAGUUUGUGGUGCUGGAGAACGUGAUGGAGCGCCUGUUCGUGUGGAGCCUGCGCCGCGAGUUCACCGACGCCAUGAAGCUGGAGCAGCUGAAGAUGUACGAGAUGCUGGUUUGCCAGUCUCGCCAGCCCUUGCUGCACCACAAACCGGUGUUGCGGCCGCUCAUGAUGCUCCUGUCGGCGUGUUCGGGCUCGGGGGGCGCGCCCGACGUGGAGGCCCAGCUGGUGCUGCUCCUGCACCAGCUCUGCUGCGUCCUGGCCAAGGACCCAUCCGUGCUGGAGCUGUUCUUCCACACCAGCGAGGACCAGGGCGCCGCCAACUUCCUCAUCUUCUCACUGCUCAUCCCCUUCAUCCACCGCGAGGGCACCGUGGGGCAGCAGGCGCGAGACGCGCUGCUACUCAUCAUGUCCUUGUCGGCAGAAAACCGGCGCGUGGCCCAGCACGUGGCGGAGAACACCUUCUUCUGUCCGGUUCUUGCCACGGGCCUCAGCGGUCUGUAUUCAUCUCUGCCUACCAAGUUGGAAGCUCCCAGUGACGAGUGGCACUGCCUGCAGAGGGACGACUGGCUCCGCGUACCCUCCUUGGUCCAGUUUCUCAAUUCCCUGGAAUUCUGCAAUGCUGUCAUCCAGAUAGCCCACCCCGAUAUCAGAGACCAGUUGUUGGGCUACAUCUACAAUGGCUUCCUCGUGCCUGUACUCGCACCCGCGCUGCAUAAGCUGACUGUCGAGGAAGUGAUGACCACCACAGCGUACCUGGACCUGUUCCUGAGAAGCAUCAGUGAGCCGGCACUGCUACAGACCUUCCUGUCCUUCAUCCUGCUGCACCGCCACGAGAACGUCCACAUUUUGGACACGCUCGUCAGCCGUAUCAACACACCCUUCCAGCUGGGCAUCGUGUCACUGGCACUUUUCCGAACUCUCAUCGGUUUGCACUGUGAAGAUGUCAUGUUGCAACUCAUCCUCAGGUACCUGAUCCCGUGCAAUCACAUGAUGCUGAGUCAGCGGCGCGUGGUGAGGGAGCGUGACUUCUACUCUGCCUCGGCGGCCAAGAUCCUGGCCUUGACACCGUCCUGCUGCUCCCCCGACAGCAGCCCGCCGCCGCUCCGACAGCUCGAGUCCAUACUGUUCUCCAAAGACGGCAUCUCUGUUGAGGGCGACCCGGCCGGCAACUCCUGGUGUACAAUUGGCUCCGAGAUUUAUUUGGAUGUCAGCUACCUCCACUACCUGGACGACGCCCACGAGCGCAUCGGCGUCUGCAUGCGGGCGUGCCGGGUGUGGUCGGCCGCGUACGACGGCGAGGACCCACCCCCGGAGAAAUACAAAGCGGGUGUCCUGGAGGAGCCGGCACCCAGGAACCCAGCCCCGUGGGGGGCAUCCUUGGCGAUGGCGCAGCACCCCAGAACCGAACUACCGGCCAACCAGUUGGAGCUGGAGUGGGACGACAGCUACGACGCGUGCCCGCCCGGGACCGGCAAGCCCAAACCUGCGCUUGUGUCGCAUCCUUCCGCCGAGCCCCCCAAGCACAUCGAAGAGAUGCGAAAGUCGGCAAUUUUGUUGGUGAAGGGCUCCUACAUCGAGGAGAACGAGUUCCAGGAUGAUGUCAAGGUCUACGAUCUGGUAGCCAAGAAAGACACCGCAGCCACCGUGGCGGUGCCACGCAAAGACUCGAACUCCCUGAAGAACGGACUCACCCAGAAGCACACGGCCGAGAAUGGUCAAAGUCCAACCGACUUGGGCCAGGACCUCCUGGUUCAGUACGAGGAGCUCAUCCGGACGUUUGACAGUGACGUGUGUGCUAAAGUCGGAAAAUGUGACGGAGAAGCAAAGGAUGACGCCGUGGCACAAGAUGAGGAAAUGGAUUUCACUUCCUUCUCGCCAGAGACGCCGGAACCGGAGAAACUGCAGUCGCUGUUUGGGUUGCCGUUUCGCGGCUCCGCCAGGAGUCAGUCAGCACCUUUUACAGGUCCCUUUAUCAGCGUCCUGCUGUCCCGCCUGGAGAACAUGCUGACCAACUCGGUGCACGUCAACCUGUUGCUGACAGGCAUCCUGGCACAGCUGGCUGCUUACCCUCAGCCUCUGCUGCGCUCCUUCCUCCUCAACACCAACUUGGUCUUCCAGCCCACCGUUCGCUCACUCUACCAGGUUUUGGCCACGGUGAAGAACCAGAUCGAGCAGCUGGCUGCAAGCAGUAAAGACUUUCCCGAGUUGAUUGUCGCCGCCCAACACUGGCUACUGACCAGGGACACCUUGUACAGAGAAGCAGACAAAAGCAAUCGAGUGCGAGGCGGCGGCAUCCUGAAGAGCUCGCCCCCGCCGCAACCGAGGUCCAUCUCUGCCGAGCGGACCGACGUGUUCGCCACCGUCCUCUUCAGCGAGUUCCUUAAAGAAUUGGCCGCCUUGGCCCAAGAGCACUCCAUCUUGUCUUACAUUCCCAUGGAAGAGUAAUUCAACCCAUUAUACGAAAAACAAAGACAUUUUAUUUUUCUAUCAACUUUUUAGGCCUCCAACCAAAGACGCGUUCGAUAUACAUUUGUAUUUAUUUCAUUUUUGGAAUUUUAUUUGUUUUUAGCAACCACCGGCCCUUUAAUUCAAUUGUCUCAGGGUGGGCGGCCAUUUUGAACUCCAGCCAGGCCUAGCGUUAGCGACAUCAGCAUCAGCAAGCACAAUCAAGGUAUGGACUGUCUCCUUUGGAGCGAUGCCAUGGCCACCUUUAAACCUCACAAAGUGACUUCAUUAUUCUUGGUACCUCAGAGUCUUUGAGAUUGAAGCCAUGUUUUCUUUAUUUUCUGUCACUCUGGCCUAUUUAAUGACUUAUACAUAUUCACUAUGCAAAUUAAUAAGAAUAUUAAUUAAUUUUGUCAGGUAAGGUGGUUGGGUAAUUUAAGUGUUCCUCUCUGUGCUAUUUUUUGGAGGGGUGGGGGAUUGUUAUGUUUUAUUUAUCGCGACAUCAGCUCGCAUUGUCUGUUACAAGGCGAUCUUUAUGCCAGUGCCUUUUAAAAGAUCCAUCCAUCCAUUUUCCGAUUCGCUUUAUCCUCACAAUGGUCGCAAAGGGUGCCUGAGCCUGUCUUUUAAAAGAUAUAUUAUGGAAAUAUUUUCCAUAUUGUAAGACUGUAAAAACAAUACUCGAAGGAUCAAAAAAUGCUGAUACAUUUUUACACACCUUGCAAAAAUUAGGCCAUUUUUACAUGCCGACUAUCUCUGGCUGAUUUUUACUUGA